AACAGUCAAGCCCGAUGCCCAUUGGGUGCCCUGUUAGGAGCAGGGAGGGGCUCCACUGGCCCCCGGCGCUGGCAAGGGCUGAAGGGUCUCGGGCCCUUUGGUGGCUGGUGGAGGAGGAUGCCCUAAGUCCUCCCACCCAGAGCCUCACUCCCCAUGGGGCUGCCAUCGGUCCUUCCUUCUCUCCAUCUCUGAGGUACUAACGCAGGAGAGAACUUUAGCCCUUCCUUCUCCCCUGGCUGCACAGAGACACACCGGCGGACAGCUUGAAUGCUCCCAUGAUGGAUGGGAAAGCCGAGCUAGAGAGAGUAGACCUUGGGCUGCAGGCUCCCAUCCUCAUCCAGAGACAAGCUCCAUCUCAGAAAAGUCUGCUAGAAACUGCAAAGGCCAAACUGAAGAAGAACUGCUCUUUGAGCCCUGCCACGCUGAAGGAUGCCCUGCUGGGCUUCUUCCCUGUGAUAGGCUGGCUUCCCAAGUACCGCUUCAGAGACUACAUUGUGGGCGACAUCAUGUCUGGCCUCGUCAUUGGGGUCAUCCUGGUCCCUCAAGCCAUUGCCUACUCCCUGCUGGCAGGGCUAAAGCCCAUCUACAGCCUCUACACAUCCUUCUUUGCCAACAUCAUCUACUUCCUGAUGGGCACCUCCCGCCAUGUGUCGGUGGGCAUCUUCAGCCUGCUCUGCCUCAUGGUGGGGCAAGUGGUAGACAGAGAAUUACAGCUGGCUGGGUUUGACCUGAAUGAAGACAUCUCUCUGGGCAGCAGAAAUAGCAGCAAUGAAACCUUCCUGGCUUCUGACCUGCCUCUGGAGGGCAUAGGUCCAGAAUGUGGGAAGGAAUGUUACGCGAUUAGCAUUGCCACAGCCUUGACCUUCCUGGCAGGGGUCUAUCAGGUCCUCAUGGGACUCUUCCAGCUUGGAUUUGUGUCCACGUACCUCUCACAACCCUUGCUGGAUGGAUUUGCAACGGGGGCUUCCUUAACAAUCCUAACCUCCCAAGUCAAGUAUCUCUUUGGAAUAAAGAUCCCUCGUCACCAGGGAUACGGCAUGUUCCUCGCCACGUGGGUGAACAUGAUUCGAAACAUCGGCCAGGCAAACGUCUGUGACGUCAUCACCAGCGCCAUCUGCCUCACGGUGCUGGUGAGCGCCAAGGAGCUGGCAGACCGGUACAAGAAAAGGCUCAAGAUCCCUCUGCCCACAGAGCUCCUCAUCAUCAUCGCUGCCACCCUGGUGUCUCACUUUGGAAAUCUUCACCAGCGGUAUGGCUCCAGCAUCUCUGGGGACAUUCCCACGGGCUUCAUUCCCCCCAAGGCACCGGACUUCGGGCUGAUGCACCGAGUGGCCCUCGACGCCGUGCCCAUAGCCAUUAUUGGCUUUGCCUUCACCAUCUCCCUCUCAGAGAUGUUCGCCAAGAACUAUGGCUACACCAUUAGGGCCAACCAAGAGAUGUUCGCGGUUGGCUUCUGCAAUAUCAUCCCGUCUUUCUUCCAUUCCUUCACCACCAGCGCAGCCUUGGCCAAAAGCCUGGUCAAGACCUCCACGGGGUGCCACACUCAGGUGUCCAGCGUGGUCAGUGCUGCCGUGGUCCUGCUGGUGCUCCUGGUCCUGGCUCCGCUGUUCUACUCCUUACAGAAAUCCGUCCUGGCCUGCAUCAUCAUAGUUAGCUUGAAGGGGGCGCUGUGGAAGUUCAGAGACGUGCCCAAGCAGUAUCGCAUGAACAGGACUGAUGCGCUGGUGUGGUGCGUCACCAUGGCCUCUAGCGCCCUCAUCAGCACCGAGAUCGGACUGCUGGUUGGGGUCCUCUUCUCCAUGCUCUGUGUCGUGGGCCGCACGCAGCACCCCCGCGUGGCUUUGCUCGGCCAGGUCGAGGACACCGUUUUUUACGAGGACAGCAGACGAUACGAAAACCUUCUCCCCGUCCCCAAGAUCAAGAUAUUUCGGUUUGAGGCACCCCUCUAUUAUGCAAACAAGGACUUCUUUCUGAAAUCCCUCUACAAGAUGGCGGACCUAGACCCCGCGUUGGAAGCGGCAAAGAGGAAAAGGCGUGAGAAGGAGGAGCCUGCCCUGGAGGGGAGGCUGGUGGAAAAGGGAGCCGUGGGAGAAUUGGGCCAAGUGGACACCACCUGUCACCUGGUCCCUAGACAAAGCGAAUUCCACACCAUCAUCAUCGACUGCUCCUCGGUGCUAUUCCUAGACACUGCCGGUGUUAGCACCCUGAAAAACGUCCGCAAAGAUUACAGGGUUGUGAACAUUUCCGUCCUCCUCGCCGGCUGCAACCCAUCGGUGAUGGACUCUCUGAAGAGAGGGGGCUACUUCGACAACACCGAGGCGGGAGUGAAGGAAUCGCAGUUCUACAGCGUGCAUGGGGCAGUCCAGUUUGUCCGGGCCAGAGAACAGGUGAUGGACUCCACUCUCUAGGGCUCCAGCCUUCCUGGAUGCCCUGCAGAGCCACAGCCCCGAGCCCGUAGGGGACCACUCCAUCAGAGAGCCUUGAGAGGCGGGAUGGGAAAAGGAAGCCUGGGAAUUCCUGCCUUUGAAGCAAACACUGCCAAGAGUUCAGAUCUCAGCUCUGCUACUCACUAGCUGGGUAGUCUUGGGUUUCCUCAGUUUCCUUCUGUGAAAAAUGAAGGGUUCAACUAGAUUUCUAAGGUCCCUUCUACCUCUCAAUCUUGUGAUCCUAGAAAGUUAACUUUUUGAAAGAAAAAAAGGAAUUCUAACCAUUACUGGAUACCAGUAUCUGGAAAGAUAACAAUGGCCUGAAGUCUGUCAGCCUGGGGCUUUCCCUCCUGGGUUAGAGACAUGGAGGAAUAGGAAGGACUAAAGUCUGAACAACUGUCACUGUGUCUGCAGAAAGACACCACACCCAAGUGCAUUUUAGAGUUAUCCCAGGCGUCCACAUGCCCGUACAUGGUGCCAUCUGUCCCAGGCAGGGCUCGGAACACAGCAGGUGCUUAAUAAAUGUGUGUUGGAAGAAUGAAUAAAUGUAUUUUCAACUUGGGUUGGAUCAGAAAGAGUCCUUUCCAAAUCAGCCAUCUUGUGAUUCUCUGAACCCCACCAUGUAGUUAUCUGUGUGUUUCUGUAAUUUAUCAUGGCCCCCUUGGCUUGGGGAAGGCAAAUAAAAAAAUGAGAUGGCCAGGGAGCAAGUAUUAAAAGUACAAAUGCUUCCGCCCACUCCAAACCUCCCUCCCUGCCAGCCCCCAUGCAUGCCCACAGACUUAUCAACUUCCCAGAAGCCCUCUUGUCCUCGCAGACACCCUGCAGAACCCCUCCCCUCUACAUACCCAUGUGCAACACCUGCCUUCGUGUAGCCCUGCCCUUCCCACCUCUUCUGGUCAUAUCAUGCCCCCUCCUCUCCACACACUUUUGUGGUUGUCCUUGACAGUGGGCAUAGCAGAAAGCAUCUUGGGCUUUAAGUCAGGAGAUCCCGUUCUAACAUAUACUGACCAGGAAUCCUUGGGUGCAUGGCUUUAACUCUCUGGGCAUCUGUUUGUUCAUCUGGACACCAGGGAGAACAAUGCUCAUAUAACCCACCUUACAGGGUGGUCAUGAGGAAAGAGCUUUGCAAGUCUUAAAAAGUGGCUGUGGCUAUUGUUUUUGUCCUAGAGAUUAUCAGAGGCUGUAGGCUAAGGAGUGAGCUACCCAGAUGGAUCAAACACACUUUCCCUGCUGACUUUGCAAGAAGGAAUUGUAUAAAGGAAUUCAAUCAGAAGAAGAGCUUCAAGCUUUCCCUUCUCAUGCCUUAUUAUUUUUUUAAUCUUUAUCUUCUGUCUUAGAAUCAAUACUGUGUAUUGGUUCCAAGGCAGAAGAGGGGAAAGGGCUAGGCAAUGGGGGUUAAGUGACUUGCCCAGGGUCACACAACUGGGAAGUGUCUGAGGCCAGAUUUGAACCUAGGACCUCCCAUCUCUAGGCCUGACUCUCAGUCCCCUGAACCACCCAGCUUCCCCCUUGAAUGCCUUGUUGACACUGAUUUCAAAUACUCUCCCUCCUCUCUAGGCUUCCAGCUAUUGCUUUUGUCAUAGUAUCAAUGGGGGGGGGGCAGAUCUCAGGGUAUCUGGAAGCAGAAGUCUAGAAUGGAACUUUGGAGACCUUGGAAUUCUAGUCCUUCUUUUGUGACUUAAGAGUACAAACUAUACCCUUUCUGGGUCCUAGUUUUCUUUUCUAUAAAAUGAGAAGUUAGGAGUAGAUGUCAAUGAGGAUCCUUCUAAAUCUAAGAAUCCUUUCUUCCUUCCUUCCCUCCUCUAUUUUUUCCCUUUUCCCCUCUCUCUCUCCUUCCUUCUCUCCUUUCCUUUCCUUUCCUUUCCUUUCCUUUCCUUUCCUUUCCUUUCCUUUCCUUUCCUUUCCUUUCCUUCCUUCCUUCCUUACUUCCUUCCUUCCUUCCUUCCCCUUACUUUCUGUCUUAGUCAUAAGUUUUAAGACAGAAGGGCAAGGGCUAGGCAAUGGGGGCUAAGUGACUCACCCAGGGUCACACAACUAGAAAGCAUCUGAGGCCAGAUAUCAACUUGGGUCCUCCCAACUCCAGGUCUGGCAUUCUAUCCACCAUUCCACCCACAUGCCCCCCUCAUGGAUUUCUUUAUCCUGGAAUCAGUAAACUCUCCUUACCAGGCCUCUCAAGAUAGUGCAGAAUCAAAGGAAUUGCUUUGAAAUCCUUAAAAUGCAGCAAAACUGGGAGGCAGUAUUAUUGUUAUUGUGACUGAAUCUUCAAAAGCAUUAGAGGUCCAUCAUUUCUGAGAAUACCUCUUGCUGCUGUGAGGGGUUCCUCAGUCUCUGAUUUGGCCACAUCUGAGACAAUGUGGUUAGGCUCAAAGGGCAGUGGAAGGGAUGACUAUUAAUGAUCUUUUGAUGCAACAUUUCCCAACCUUCUGGUAUUUUCAAUUAAUUAAUAAACACUUAUUAAGUACUUACUAUGUGUCAGGGGAUUAAAAAAAAAAAGAGGGAAGACAGUCCCUCUCCUCAAGGAGCUUAUGAUCUGGGGGAGAAGCAUGCAAAGAAGUAACACAAUCUAUACACAAGAUAAGUAGGAAAUAGCUGAGUGAAGGCACUAGAAUAAAGAGGGGCUGGAAAAGACUUCCUGUAAAAGCUGAGAUUUUUUGCUGCUGAAUAUUUCAGGCAGUCCAAAACAUGGCCUGGCCCAGGAAACUUCUCAAAGGACACACAUAGCAUAGGGGAAUCCAGACAAAAAUGCAGCUGCACUGCAAGUAGGUGGUGCAGUGAAUAGAGCACCAGGAAUAAAGUCAGCAAGACUCAUCUUGAUGAAUUCAAAUUCAGCCUCAGACACUUAUUAGCUGAGUGACCCUGGGCACAUCACUUGACCCUGCUUGUCUCAGUUUCUUCAUUUGUAAAAUGAGCUGGAGAAGGAAAUGGCAAACCAGUCUAGCAGCUUUGCCAAGAAAAUUCCAAAUAUGCUCAUGAAAAGUCGGUCAUAACUGAAUAAAAGCUUUGCCAUAACCA